GUGCCGGACGCCGGUGUGAACAUACACUGUCUGCUCCUGUAGUGCCCAGGCCCGUGCCGGGGAGUCCCCGGAGCUACCAUUAUCGAGACUCUCAUUCCUAUUGCCCUACGGCUUUAAUCCUUCGAGAGGAGGGGAAAAAUGGAACCCUAAAGACAGGCAGCUCCUAGGCAGCAGCACAGGAAAUAAGCAAUGGAGGUGGGGUCCUUUGCUCGCGCCGAAAUUCAAAGGAAUAAAUAGUUCCGCCGGGGGUGUUGAGAGCGGUGAGGCAGGUGUUGUAGCCGCUGUGGUGAAGUUCGCUUCGUAGCAGCCCCGGCUAGAGAGUUGGCCUGCUCCCCGCCUUUGUGACCCGGAGGAGCUUUUGGGGUGCGUCAAGCCCCUGGCCUGAGGCAGCGAACUGGUUUGUGGCCUGUUUGAUUCCUAUCAGAGGUUUGCUGACCCAAGACAGUAUCGAAAAUGCAUAUUAAGUCAAUUAUUCUAGAGGGAUUCAAGUCCUAUGCUCCGAAGACCGAAGUCAAUGGUUUUGACCCCCUCUUCAAUGCUAUCACUGGCUUAAAUGGUAGUGGGAAAUCCAACAUAUUGGACUCCAUCUGCUUUUUGCUGGGCAUCUCUAACCUGUCUCAGGUUCGGGCUUCUAAUUUACAAGAUUUAGUUUACAAAAAUGGGCAGGCUGGUAUUACCAAAGCCUCUGUGUCAAUCACUUUUGAUAAUUCUGACAAAAAGCAAAGUCCUUUAGUAUCUGAGGUUCAUGACGAAAUCACAGUAACAAGGCAGGUGGUUAUUGGUGGUGGAAAUAAAUAUUUAAUCAAUGGAGUCAACACCAACACCACCAGAGCACAGGGUCUCUUCUGUUCUGUUGGCCUUAAUGCUAACAACCCUCACUCUCUCAUCAUGCAGGGCCGAAUUACAAAAGUAUUGAAUAUGAAACCUCCAGAGAUUUUAUCCAUGAUAGAAGAAGCAGCUGGAACCAGGAUGUAUGAAUACAAAAAAAUAGCUGCACAGAAAACUAUAGAAAAAAAGGAGGCUAAGCUGAAAGAAACGAAGACGAUACUUGAAGAGAUUACUGCAACCAUUGAAAAAUUAAAAGAGGAAAGAUCUUCCUACUUGGAUUACCAAAAAGAAAUUGGAGGUAUCCUUCGAUCUUUAGAAGAUGCUCUUGCAGAGGCUCAGCAAGUUAAUACUAAAUCUCAAAGCACAUUUGAUCUCAAGAAGAAAAAUCUGGCGUGUGAGGAAAGCAAACGAAAAGAGCUGGAAAAAAAUAUGGUUGAGGGUUUCUCUGCUGGGCUGUUUGCAUUUUACCGUGAUAAAGAUGAAAAUCCUCUCACUUUAAGAUUUGCAGAUGGCCUCCCACUUUUUAAUUAUAGGUAUUUUUUAUUUUCGUUCUUGUUCUCUAUUAGAAGGGUUCCAAGACUAGAAUCUGAGAAUCACAGCAUAUUAGCUGCCAUAAAUAAUAAUGUCUUACGGCAAACCCAAGGAAAUUGUAGAUAAUAAAACAAAAUAGGAUAUAAGAGGCCAUUUUAUGAAAACAUAACUUUUGAGAUAGGCAAUAUUUACAUAACGAUGUAAGUAAGGAGGAGAGAGAUAUCCACACACAAGAACCAUUCUUAAGCUGAUAAUUUGCAGUGCUUUCUUGCAUUGCGCAUAUUCCUCAAAAGCAUCAAACCUUCUGGCGAGGCACAACAGCUCGUGCCUGUAAUCCUAGCACUUUGAGAGGCCGAGGUGGGCUAAUUGCUUGAGCCCAUGAGUUCAAGACCAGCCCAGCAAUGUGGCAAAACCCUAUCUCUACAAAAAAAUAGAAAAAUUAGCCGAGCAUGGUUGUGUGUGCCUGUAGUCCCAGCUACUCAGGGUGCUGAGGUGGAAGGAUCAGUUGAGCUCAGGAGGUUGAGACUGUAGUGAGCUAUAAUCACGCACCUGCAGUUUAGCCUGGGUGACAGAGCAAGACUGUCAAAAGAGAAACCUUUCAGUAAAAAUGAAGAUUAAAUAGAGUAAUAAAUUCAGUUGCUACAGAUAAAAAGAAUUGGAUUUGGCUUUAAGCUCUGUAUUUGGGGAAACUAUUAAUCCUGAAGUCUGAAUGGUAAAGAGAGAUUGGAGUGAUUAAUAAGGUAAAAACUGUUUAUGUUCUGGCUGGCUUUGUUCACUAUAUAUGUUUAAACAUUGCCUUGCCAUGGAAAAAGAUAAAGGAAUUAAAAACAGCCUCUUUAAGGCAUGGGUAGAUGAACAGAUACAUGAUAACAAAUAUAACAAAAUGUUAAUUACAGAAUGUAGGUGAGCUGGUUACUGAUUGUGAGGGUGUUUAUUAAACAAUUCUUUUAAUGUUUUGUAUGUUUGAAAUUUGUAUAAAACAAUAUUGGAGAAGAAAAACCUCUUUAUGUUUUCUGUUCUUUUGCUGAGAAUGAGAGAUUUAUAGGGAAAAUGGCAGAAGUAGUCUAGGGAAUAAGCCAGAAAAAAAUGAUUUAGGUUACAGGGAAAAAAAAAAUUGAUGUCCAUCAUAGUUUUCU